AUGACCCGACCACCUGGCGACCACCACCAUGAGGACGACCAUCAUGACCACCAUGACGACCACCAUGAAGACCAUCACCAUGAGGACGACCAUCACGACGACCAUCAGCAUGAAGAGCACCAUAGGACGAUCAAACCCCGACGACCACCACAUGAGGAGCACCAUGAGGAUGACCACCACCACGACCACCAGCACGAAAAGCAUCACGACCACCACCACCAUCACGACCACCACCAACAUGAAGAGCACCAUGAGGACGACCAUCACGACGACCAUCAGCACGAAGAGCACCAUGAUGACGACCAUCACAACGACCAUCGCAUGAGGAACACCAUGAGGACGACCAUCACUAUGACCACCAACACGAGGGCACCAUGA